AUGAGCUCAUCUGCACCGAAAAAAGCCGUCGACAUGCAAAAAUACCUGAAACAGUCCCUCGAGACCCUGUUCAAGAACAACCGGGACUGGGCUUCCUCCAAGAGAAGCACGGAUCCGGCGUUCUUCGACAAGCUUGCUGAUGGACAGGCUCCAAACUAUCUCUACAUUGGUUGCAGUGAUAGCCGCGUCCCCGCCAACGAAAUCAUGGGCCUAGAGGCCGGGGAAGUCUUCGUUCAUCGCAAUAUCGCCAAUCUCGUCCCCAAUACCGAUCUCAGUGCCAUGUCCGUAAUCAACUACGCGGUGAGACAUCUGCACGUCAAGCACAUCAUUGUCUGUGGGCACUACAAUUGUGGAGGGGUCAAGGCUGCGCUUACCCCCGCGGACUUGGGACUUUUGAAUCCUUGGCUCCGGAACAUUCGUGAUGUCUAUCGCCUGCAUGAGAAGGAGUUGGAUCAGAUUGCGGAUGAGGGUGCACGAUACAACCGUCUGAUUGAAUUGAACGUCAUUGAGUCCUGUCGAAACGUCAUCAAGACUGCUGCUGUUCAGCAGAGCUUCCAGCAGCAUGGAUAUCCCAUUGUUCACGGCCUAGUCUUUGAUCUUCAUGAUGGUCUGCUGAAGGAUCUUCACGUCGACUUUGAGAAGACACUGGCAGACAUUAAGAAGAUUUACUGCCUCUCUCCUGGGUCUCAGUCUGAAGAGAAGGAGUGA